AUGAGCCUUUGGGGCCUUGCCAUUUUGAGUGGCUACGGAGUGUCCGUUCAGCGGCUGUUCGACGCGGUUCCGUCGCUGCUGUUUGUGGAAUUCUUCGGUCUGCGUGUGCGGCUGGCCCUGCGGUGGGACCCCGGUCUGCCACGACCGAAGGUGAUCCGGUGGCCACUUGUGACGGCAGUGGGUCAAAAUGGCGAGGCGAGGCCUGCGACUGCUGUGCACGCCGACACUGGCGUUCGUUCAGGCCUCAGGGAUAAGCUCCUCGUGGGAUGGGUGGGAUCCGCGCUGGAGACUGCGGAUGUGCUCGCAUUUUUGGAGAGGGGGUAUGCAAGGCGGGGCUCUUUCACAGAGAUCGAUAUGCUCCCCACAGACCUGCAAUACCGUCGCCUCGAUCCUAGCGCCUUCAAGUCCCACACGGAGACCGACAAUGCUCACAGAAAGCCUGAUGUAGGAAAGGCCGGCGAAUAUGUAGUGAAAGCGCUGGGCUCUGCCCUGGACAAAGCCCCCGACAAGGGUGCCGAACCCGAAUUCGACUCAUUCUUCGGCUUCGAAGAGUUCAAGGCCAUCGGAAGUCCCAGCGAGCAGGGUUGCGUCGCUAUCAAAGAAGCAUUCGCUACGACAUCUAGGCGUGUGCACGUUAGACAGCAGGACAACGAGAUAGACGAGGUGCAACCGUCUCCGGUCAGUGGUUCUUCUCCCAGCAUGAGUGCAGUAUCCCCCUCUACGCCACCGGCCACCGGCUCUCGAUCUUCGAAGCGCAAACUUGAAGCAACGAAUAACCUGACUAGCGGCAAGAAGUUGUGUCUCGGCUUCGACAAAGAGGGGACGGAGUUGCGCAAAGAAAGUUCGAACUCGAAGAAUUUCGAUGGCCGAGUGCGGUGUGCCGCCUACGCGCUGGAGAUGUUAUCUCAGAACCCGGGUAUCCAGCACACGAUCAAUCUGCUUCACAUCGACGAUUGUCUCUUCAUCUGGUACUUUGACCGCGAAGGCAUUGUGCGGUCCAACGGCAUUAGCUUCAUCGCCGACUUCCCCCCUGUUCACGGACAUGUUCGUCGUGGGGAGCGCCUCACCAAGGAGUUGUACGAUGGGGCCCCCCUAAUCGCACUACAAGACGGGGCUCAGGAUAAUUUCCAGAGGUGGCGUCGCGAGCUUCUUUUUGACAAUGGGUAUAAGUCGGACCCCGAUCCAGAAGACUUGAUCAAGCUCGAUCAUCACACCGAUCUCACCAAGGAGCUCAAGAACCCCUUUGCUAUGGCUUAUUACACCGAACUUGGAUAUACAUCUAUGUCGUGGUCCAUUGAAAAACUCGAGGAUGUAGAUGUUGCGAUACUCGUCGCUGGGCGCUGCAAGAUCAAUUCAUGGUUCUGGGUGUUAAUCUGCGAAGAGAAGGAGGAUGUCCCAGCAGGACCGGCGCUGAAUUUGGAUUGCCAGAAAUGUAAUCUGAAGUCCUUUAGAGAGCGGUUGCUGCUGGGCUGGAUGAAGACCUCAUUGAAGACCUUGGAAGUGAUUGGAUAUUUGCGGGACUCUGCCGUUAGGCCUUUCCUCACUUGUACACGUGGGAGCUUCCAAAGCUAA